GAAGACAGAAGAGUUCUCCUGGAUUUCUGAUGGUAAAUUCAAUUGUUAAAUGGUUGCUGUACUGUAUUACUCUAUAGUCGAACAAAAAGACGUAUUUUACUUUAAAAUACGUUUAAUAAUGUAGUUCAAUCAAAGACCUUAAUUUAUAUCACUAGAAAUAAUAAAUCGUGCUUAAAUAAGGGAUUACGCUAACAAUUGUUAAUAGUGCCUAUUUUAACUAUUUAUAGUAAAUGGCAAAAAAUCAUAAUCAUAAUCAUAGUCAUAGUCAUAGUGAAAGUGAAAGUCAACCAAGAAAUGAAUCCACGUCUGAAGCAACAUCCACCAACAGAUCAAAGCCAACGCACAUGAAGUAAGUUACUCGAGUUAAUCAGUUAGUAUCAUUAAGUAUUUAACUAAUUAAGUUGAACCUGUACUGUGCUUGGCACUUCAAUACCGUACUGUGCCAACUUAGUCUCAGUCUUAAACUUAAGUGCUUACCUAUCUAAUAUUAAAACUUAAUACUAAUACUAAUUAUAACUAAUACUAUACUAACUAAUAAUAGGCCUAAAUUUAAAUGAAAAUGAUAAAUUUUUUAUUUUUAUUGUUUAUGACUUAUGAGUUUUUUGUGUAAUGAGUAUGAAAAAGUUAUGGUUUAUACUGAUAUGAAUUGCAUGUCUUUAGUGAGUGGCCGUUAUUCUUUAUUUGUUAUAAUCAAAUUCAUUUAUUUAAAUUUAUUAUUUACCAAAUUCACUUACAUUUAUCACAUUUAUUUUGAUCAAAUUCAGUUUCCAAUAUUCAUUAUUCACAAGGUCAUAAAUUUCUUGCAUCAGUAAGUCGUAAGCCAUAAAUAGAGCUUUAACUUUGCUGACAAAAAAGUGAUUGGAUUUGGAGUGUCGAAUAUGUCUUCUUCUAUAUCUUAAGGGUCCACGAUCAAUGUAUUGAUCAUUCAGAAUUCUGGCUCCUGGGUAUGUAGACGGGAUUUGCAAAGUUUCUGUGCCUGGUAUUGAAGAGGAUAUUUCACUGGUUUCAAGGGCUACACAGCUAGGGUAUCAGGAAUUGGGGGUUGGAAGGCCUGAGACUAAAGAUACAAAUGUGUUGUCACCUCAACUGUUCCUUUUGUAAGGUUGUUCCAGACCCUAAAUGGCUUUAGCAGGAAUGAGUAGUUCCUUAAAAUUUAACUGCGUUCUUGCUGUUAUGAGUAUGAGCUGGAACUGCCUGUCAUGGCCUCCUCACUAUGUAGGUGGGAGAGGGAUGAGUUUCUGUUUUCAUCAUUGAAAGCCUGGAUAAUCAUCUUUUUUCAAUCACAGAAAUUUGGGAAUUAUUUACUAAGGCUACAUAAGGCCAAAUUCUGACACAAAAAAUGGUAUAACUUUUUUUCAAAUUAAGAUAGAAAAAUAAAGUUGGUAUCAACGGAAAGGAAAUACUGAGUCAUUAAUAUAUAGCAACUUUGAAAUUUUUAGUGACGUACCCGGUACCUACCUUAAUGCCAAUAAUGGCCAUAUUCAUAAAACAAAAUUUAAAGAAAAACAACUCAAGCUAAAAUCGCAGACUUUUACUUUACUUUUAGUCUUUAUACUAAAACAUAACUUGACAUAAGUUGAAUUAGUAGUACAGUAGGUCUAGGGCCUAGGCCUUUAUUUUAUUUUUAAUCUUAAAAAGUAAGCAAAAACACUAAGUCCUAAUAAAUAAUUUAAGUAGUUGUUAUAAAGGAGGGGCUCACCAAACUUAACUAUUUCCUCCAUCCACCAUCCCUAUAACUCACAAGGUUAAGGCUCUAAUGUCUUAGUGAUAUUAUUUUAAAAAAUAAUGGUAGUCUUUAGUCAGUCCCCAGCAGCCCAGUUCUGUUCUGCCUUUGCUUCUAGUUCUAGAUGUUCAAAAGCUGUCUCAUCUCCAAAUUUUGUGUGCAGAUCUUAUAAAAAAUAACACUGCAAAAAAUAAUGUCAUUGAUUAAACUAUGCCGAGUACAAUCCGAAAUGUUUGACAACCUCAAAUACUUUUUUAUAUCUUCUGUUUUUGUUUUAGCCACAAGCAAUGGAAAGCAUAUCUGAAGAAAAUGAAGAGGAAGGAGAAGCGAAUAGCUGCAGCCAAAGAAAGAGAAUCCAACCAAACAAAAGGUCAGAUCAUUUUUUUGUUCCAUUAACUUAAUCAUAGUAAUCAUAUUAAAAUAGCUCUUUUUUAAAGAUCGCUAACAAAAAAAUGAAUCAAAACAUCAUGAUCUAUCUUAUCUUUUUUAUGUGAAGCACUGCGGUACUGCGGUAUAUAAAACGCUAUAAAUAGUAAUAAUAUUAAUUUAAUUAUAAAUGAGUUUGCAAUCAUUUAAACGCAUUGCACAAAAUUUUCCUAACUUCAUAUUAAAACUCUUUUAAUGCUCUUCAUGAAAUUACAGGAUGUUAUUUAAUUUCUUCCCCACUAUUUUACAUAUCAAAUCUUUUUGUUUUGGUCUUCAUUUAGAUGAAAGCGAUACUCUAGAUUCUAAUUCAGAAGAAGAGAGGGAGAGAGAGCGAGAAGAAGUAGAGCGACAACGACAACACCAGCUGUGGCUGGAACGUGAACGUCUAGCUGAGGCUGCAUUCAAGGCUAAAAAGGAGUGGGAAGAAAAGGAGAAGAAGAGAAAGGAAGAAAUUGAAGUGAGGACUUAAUAGGUUUUAGAUUAAGAAGAAUUUUUUUGCUUUCUUCUUUUUUUAUUAUUUUACUAAAAUUUUUAAUUAUUACAAAUGGGUUUAAAUGCUGCUACCGGAAAUUUGUUCAAUGGAAAAAUUGUUUGAAUGGAAGUUUGUUCAAAAGGAAAUUAUGGGGGGAAAGAAAACCAAAAAUUUUCUUAAUUGCAAAUCAUUUCCUUAUAAAAGCAUUAGCUAAAAAUAAAUAAAAAAUCUCUUUUUAGUAAAUUUAAUUUCGAAUAAACAUCCGAUUGAACAAAUUUCUAUUUAACAAAUUUCUCUGUAUCGUUAUACAUAUGUAGUUGAAAUUCUGAAUUGAGCCAGAAUUAAGAUGGUUGAUAUUCUUAUAGUAGUAAUUAAGGUUAUUUGUUUUUUACCCUACAUCGCUAUGUCCAGAUAUACAUACAAUGUAGAAAAUUAUGUGGUUUGUUUGCCUUCAAUAUUUGUUGUUACAAAUGUAUGAUUCAGUUAAAUAUUUAUAUAUUAUAUCAGGCCUGCACAACAUAUGGCCCGCCAGCAACCAUUUUGCGGCCCGCAAAGCAAGGAAAUAUUCUUUAUUCUUAUUAUUUUCUUAAUGGCUUUCCCCCCUGUCCUAUUUUCUUUUUGCCCGCACAAGUUUUUCAUUAAGUAUUGCGGCCCGCCUUACAUUUUCAGUUGUGCAGGCCUGUAUUAUAUGAUAAUUAAUUUUUUUUUUUUUUGUGAAUCAAACUGUUACAGAGAAAAAUUAAAGAAGAAUGGGAGGAAAGAGAGCGAAAAGAGAAGGAAGAAAAAGAAGAAAUUGAAAAAAAAGAUCAAGAAAAGCGUUUGAAGCAG